ACCAAAAAAAUAAGAUAGCCACCAACAGAGAGGCAUCUUUAAUAGAAGGAAACGAGAGAAGGUCUCUUGUACCUAGAGAGCGAGAAAGAUGGGUGUUGUAGAGGAAGCUCACAACGUGAAAGUGAUCGGCACAGGAACUCAAGCUACGAUCGUAUUAGGUCACGGGUUCGGCACGGACCAGUCAGUGUGGAAACACCUGGUCCCACAUCUGCUGGAAGAUUACCGCAUCGUUCUCUACGACAACAUGGGAGCCGGUACGACUAACCCAGACUACUUUGACUUCGAUCGUUACUCAACUCUAGAAGGUUUCUCCUUUGAUUUGAUCGCAAUCUUGGAAGAUCUUCAAAUCGAGUCUUGUAUCUUUGUUGGUCACUCUGUUUCCGCCAUGGUUGGUCUCUUGGCUUCUCUUAACCGACCUGACCUCUUCUCCAAAAUCGUCAUGAUCUCUGCUUCCCCAAGGUACGUGAACGAUGUUGAUUACCAAGGUGGAUUCGAGCAAGAUGACUUAAACCAACUCUUCGAAGCGAUGCGAAGCAACUACAAAGCGUGGUGCUUAGGUUUCGCACCACUAGCGGUAGGCGGCGACUUAGACUCAGUCGCGGUUCAAGAAUUCAGCAGAACGCUCUUCAACAUGCGUCCAGACAUAGCUCUCUCCGUGGCUCAGACCAUUUUCCAAAGUGACAUGAGACAGAUCUUACCUUUUGUAGCUGUCCCUUGUCACAUCCUCCAAAGCGUUAAGGACUUAGCCGUACCAGUGGCAGUCUCUGAGUAUCUUCACACCAAUCUCGGAUGUGAAUCUGUUGUUGAGGUUAUUCCUUCAGAUGGUCAUCUUCCUCAGCUUAGCUCGCCGGACUCUGUUAUUCCUGUGCUCCUCCGUCACAUUCGUAAUGACAUCGCUGUCUGAUUGGUGGGGAAGUGCAUUUUUAAUUAAAUUAAUGGAAAAUUAAAUAUUUGAUGUGAUAUGUCUGUCUAUUGAGAAUAUACGGUCUCGGUGUCGUUUAGUUCUUGGAUUAUAUUUGCUCGUUGUCGUUGUUGAUCUUAUCUUUGUUUAAGGAAAAGACUUUUGUCUUUUGUGUUUAAGGAAAAGUCUUCGUUGUCAGCUCUGCUGCUCGACCUCACUA